AUGGCCUGCGCCCUCCUGGCUCUGCUAACGCACCCCCCCCCUGCCCUCCCGGCUCUGCUGGCAGCCCCGCCCCUGGCCGGCUCUGCAGGCGGCCCCCGGCAGCCCGAACAGCGAGAAGGGUCCCCGCCUGGCCCAGCAGACAGCCUGUGCCCUCCCGGCUCUGAUAAUGCCCCGCCCGCACGGCUAAUGGCCCCCUGCCCGCCCGGCUCUGCAAACGGCCCCGCCCACCUGGCAAACGGCCCCCCCUCCACCCUCCGGGCUCUGCUGGUGCUCUGCCCGCGUCCAGCGCCGGGCGGCUCUGCAGGCAGCCCCCAGCGGCCCCGUGCGGAGAAGCCAGGGGACGAGAGGCCAGGCCCUUGCGACUGGGCGGCUAGAGAUCGCCUGCCCGCUGGCAACAGCCCGCCCACUGCCCACGCGAUUGGGCAGCUAGAGACUGCCCACCCGCAGGCGACUGCCCGCAGCCCCCGUGACUGGGCGGCUGGAGACCGCCCGCCCACCAGCGACCGUGCGGCUAGACCCCGAGGUGUGGCACAGCAGGCUGUUGCUCAUAAAGGCACUGCCACCCCUAAUAAUAAUAUGUCGCAAGCUGAAGACCAAGCCUUUGAUGCAUGGGUCUUUGGGUAA